AGAUUCCGUAUUUUCGUCUAUUUUCAAUUUUGUCACUUGUCAGCGUCAGCUGUUUUUGACGUACCUAACAAUUUGCAAAAUCCAGAAGACAUUAAUUGUUUGAAAAGUUUGUUUAGGUACCUAUUUGUUAGUGGUUUGUUAUCAUUUUAUCAACAAUUAUUAUCGCUUACUUGUAAAGCAAAAUCCCACUGAACAACAUAUAAAUAGUUUCGUUAUCAAAUGAACUUCAUUUAGAAGGUAUUGGUAACUGGUAUAUUUUUGAUUAAUUAUUUAAUGAUGAAGUUUUGCGCAAACCUUGCUUUUAUGUUUACGGAGAGUUCAAAUAUUCUUGAAAGAUAUGCAUUGGCGAAAGAUGCUGGGUUCAAGGCAGUGGAGUCUGGAUUCCCACUGGGGUAUAGUAUAGAACAAGUGAAACAGGCGAAGGAAGCAGCAGGAGUUGAUCAGGUUCUGAUAAACCUAAAAACAGGAGAUGUAACUAAAGGCGAAUUAGGAGUUACAGCAGUGCCUGGCAAAGAAAAUGAGUUUAAGGACAACUUGCAAAUAACCAUAAGCUAUGCAAAGGCUGUUGGUGCUAAAAAAAUACACAUCAUGGCUGGCAAAUUAGAAAAUGUGUCUCCUCAACAUUGGGCUACAUAUGAGAACAACCUGAAAUAUGCAGCAGAUGUCUUGAAGACUGAAGGGAUAUUGGGAGUUAUAGAACCUAUAAACCAACAUUCUGUGCCUAAAUAUUUCUUAAGUGACUAUGGAAAGGCUGUUGAUAUCAUCAAGCGGAUAGAUAGUGACCAUUUAAAAUUGCAACUGGAUAUUUUCCAUUUGCAACAUAUUGUUGGUGAUCUUUCCUACAACAUCAAGAAUCUCAUGCCUUAUGUUGGCCAUGUUCAGAUUGCACAAGUACCUAACCGCAAUGAACCUGAUACUCCAGGGGAGAUAAACUACAAGUACAUACUUGAACACCUUCAAAACAAUGGUUACGAUGACUGGAUUGGUCUUGAGUACAAGCCUGCUGGAAAUACUAAAACUGGCCUCAAGUGGAUAAAAGACUAUGGCUACAACUUGUAACAGUCCAACAAAACAAAGAACAAAAAGAAAAUAUUACAUAUGUAUGGUGGUUCCUAUGCAGCUGAAAAGCAUCCUGUGCACACAAAGAAAGUGCCUUUAUUUUUAAAACAAUGUUAAGUUGUUAAGGUUGAAUUGUGAAUAUUAUGUUUAAGUUAAAUAAAAUACCUGUUUUUAAUAAUA